AACGACGAGGACGACAUGCUAUCAGUGGAGGACGGUUCUACGCAGAGCCGCGCUCCCCUGACCCAAGUGAGCUCGCUCCCUUCCCACGUGGGCUGUGGUGGCGGUUCCCACGUCUCUCCUUCUCUCCGGGGAGAACUCGAGGACGACUUCUCUUCAGCUGCCUCUCUCCGUCCGCCCCCUCUCCGCGUGGAGUUUGCGGGUAUGAUUGAGAGAGCAGCUCUACGCAUCCAGCUGCCCUUGCCUCCUCUGCCUACACCUAAACAGCCUUCGGAUAUGUCCUUCGGUUCCUGGGCUGAGCGAGUGAAACCGGUGGACUCCCCUGCUCCUGAAGUCCGUGGUUUUAAGGGCCUCGCCGAGGGUUCCUGGUCUGCUCCAGCUUCUGUCCACACGGCCAUAGCGUCUUUUAAGAAGACUGACGAGGGACGGAAGGAGCUAUCCUGGCACCUUCCUUUAGCCGGUUCAUCUGCCCGACGGUCCUCCUCCUCUUCUCAUCGCCAGGGUUCUUCCGCCAAACGUCGCCAGCGCCGUCAUGUCUCUGCCACCGCCUCCGCUGCUGCCCCAGCUCCUCCUGCCACGGCUUCAGCUCCUGCUCCUCCUCCGGUGCGUCGUAGACUACCCGCUCCCAAACUCAGCGUUCUCUGGCCGUCUAAGAAGCCCAGACCAUCCUGACUAGGCGUGGAGCGGGCUGUGAGUGGCA